UACUUGACAUUUGACAUGCGCACACCAACGAUGAAGAACCGCUGCGUCUCCAACCAUUGAACUUGUAAACAUUAGCCACCCGAAGUGUCUGUGUUUCUCUGCGUCUGAUCCGGGCAUGUAAAUAUCAGGCUCUUAAGGUGCGGUACCAAACACUGUUCUACCUUGCAUGGACCCAAAGCUGAUGCGCAGGGCCACCAGCGCACGUCAAGACGCCACUGGAAUGGACAUCACCAGCCGCUGCACUCUGGGGGACCCUAACAAGCUUCCCGAAGGCGUCCCCCAGCCUGCGCGCAUGCCGUACGUCUCGGACAAACACCCGCGGCAGACCUUGGAGGUGAUUAACCUGUUGAGGAAGCACCGUGAGCUCUGCGAUGUGGUACUGGUGGUGGGCGCCAAGAAAAUCUAUGCCCAUCGCGUCAUCCUUUCUGCUUGCAGCCCCUACUUCAGGGCAAUGUUUACUGGGGAGCUUGCGGAAAGUCGUCAGACUGAAGUGGUUAUUCGAGACAUUGAUGAGAGAGCGAUGGAACUGUUGAUCGACUUUGCCUACACUUCACAGGUGACGGUAGAGGAGGGCAAUGUUCAGACUCUGCUUCCCGCCGCCUGCCUGCUCCAGCUCGCUGAGAUCCAGGAAGCCUGCUGCGAGUUCCUCAAGAGGCAGCUGGACCCUUCCAACUGUUUGGGGAUCAGGGCCUUUGCAGACACGCACUCCUGCCGCGAGCUGCUUCGCAUCGCGGACAAGUUCACUCAGCACAAUUUCCAGGAGGUUAUGGAAAGUGAGGAGUUCAUGCUGCUCCCUGCCAACCAGUUGAUCGAUAUCAUUUCCAGCGAUGAACUUAAUGUGCGAAGUGAGGAGCAAGUUUUUAAUGCUGUGAUGGCCUGGGUGAAAUACAGCAUUCAAGAACGUAGACCGCAACUACCCCAGGUUCUGCAACAUGUCCGACUACCGCUCCUGAGCCCCAAGUUCCUGGUGGGCACUGUGGGGUCAGACCCUCUCAUCAAGAGUGACGAGGAGUGCAGGGACCUGGUCGACGAGGCCAAGAACUACCUGCUGCUGCCACAAGAAAGGCCACUGAUGCAGGGCCCGAGAACCCGGCCGAGGAAGCCCAUACGGUGUGGCGAAGUCCUUUUUGCAGUUGGCGGUUGGUGCAGCGGGGAUGCCAUAUCCAGCGUGGAGCGUUACGACCCUCAGACCAAUGAGUGGCGGAUGGUGGCCUCGAUGAGUAAACGGCGUUGCGGAGUGGGUGUCAGCGUCCUGGACGAUUUGCUGUAUGCCGUCGGAGGGCACGACGGCUCCUCCUAUCUCAACUCAGUUGAAAGAUAUGAUCCAAAGACCAACCAGUGGAGCAGUGACGUGGCCCCAACGAGCACCUGUCGGACCAGCGUAGGCGUCGCUGUUCUUGGUGGUUAUUUGUAUGCCGUGGGAGGACAGGAUGGUGUUUCCUGUCUCAACAUUGUUGAAAGGUAUGAUCCAAAGGAGAACAAAUGGACUCGUGUGGCCUCCAUGAGCACCAGGCGACUGGGCGUCGCUGUGGCUGUGCUAGGAGGUUUUCUCUAUGCUGUGGGAGGGUCUGACGGGACGUCCCCGUUAAAUACCGUGGAGCGUUACAAUCCUCAGGAGAACCGAUGGCACACGGUCUCUCCGAUGGGCACCCGACGAAAGCAUCUCGGCUGCGCCGUCUACCAGGACAUGAUUUAUUCCGUCGGGGGCCGAGACGACACAACAGAGCUGAGCAGCGCGGAGCGUUACAAUCCCAGGACCAACCAAUGGUCUCCUGUCGUCGCUAUGACGUCCAGACGGAGCGGGGUGGGCCUAGCGGUGGUCAAUGGUCAAUUGAUGGCAGUCGGGGGAUUUGAUGGGACGACGUAUUUGAAAACCAUCGAAGUUUAUGACCCGGAUGCCAACACGUGGAGGUUGUACGGAGGAAUGAAUUACCGACGCCUCGGUGGUGGAGUGGGCGUCAUUAAAAUGACUCACUGUGAAUCCCACAUCUGGUAACGCCCGCUCCCUCACAGACACACGCGCACCACACAGUCUUUGGAGCGGAUGCUACCGACGCUCAGACCUCCAUCAUAGACCGUCGGGACGAUGUGAGGACGAGAGAAACGCAGAAUGCGUUUCCGACUCUUCAUCCCGCCCUCAAGGUCAUCAACUUUGAUUGAACAUUGUCACCUUGUUGCGCAUCGCACACAGAGAGCACACCUCCACCAAGCGUCAGCGAGCUUCCAGAUUGGAGAAGCAUCGAUAGGGUCCCUCAUCUUGCUUUUACCCGCCAAGCUUCGAGCUCAAAAACUGAUUUUUAAACCUGCAGCUGUGUUUAACCGAGGCGUGCGGGCAGUCACUGUGUCCAAACCUUGAUGAGAUAAAAAAAAAAAAAAAAUCACUCUAAGUGGGAAAAUAAAACACCAAACUGCAUCGAGCCAACAA